UGCUCGCCCCAAUGGCGACAAUGAACCAUCUCUUAAACCUGAGCAAAGAUCUUUCGUGCUCCAUCUGCCUUGAGUUUUACCAAGACCCCGUGUUCCUGGACUGCGGUCACACCUUCUGCGAAGCUUGCAUCUCCUCCUUUUGGGAGAACGGCGAGUGUUCGUGCCCGGAAUGCCGACUCUUCUUUCCAGAGAAAGUGCUGAAGCCCAACAGGCAGCUGGCGAGUAUCGUGGAGAACGUCCGAAGCCUCCGGGACAGUUCGGGGGAGAGAGAGUGGGGAGAAACGCUGCGUGGGUUCCGUGGCACCGGAAGGAACCAGCCGGCCGGUGCCCAACGCCUCCCUGCCUACGCUGCAGCUCUCACGAGAAGGAUAGAUGAGCUCAUGCACCAGUUUGAGGGGGAGUUUGCCGAACUGCACCAGAUUCUUGACAGGGAAGAACACGAAAUGAAACAAAGGCUCAGCAAGAGAGGGGAGGAACUACAGCACAGGCUGACGGCCAGUCACAGGCCAGCUGGAGAUAACAAUCCUUCUCUCCUGCAGAUGAUCUGGAAUUUACUGAAGGAGAUUACAACACCCCAGGCGAGUGGCGAAACCAGGCAAGAAAACAAAGUUGUUAAUGACAUACUCACUGGUGAAUUUGGGGGACCCCUGCAGCACGUGGUGUGGAAGCAGAUGAGGAAAUCGAUUAAACCAGCACUCACUCAAUUGACCCUAGCUCCGAGUUCGGCUCACCCCAGGCUCAUUUUAUCUGAAAGCAUGACCAAGAUAUGUGUUGGAUAUCUGCACCAGCAGUUACCGAAGAAUUCAAAACGAUUUCUAAACCAUAUCUGUGUGCUGGGAUCGAAACGAUUUACGUCGGGGAAACACUAUUGGGAGGUCGAGGUUGACCAGGGGGCAAAGUGGACGGUUGGGGUUGUGAAUGAAUCCGUAAGCAGACACGAAAUGAAAGACAUGACUGUGCAGAAUGGCUACUGGGUUAUCAGUCCUCAUGCAACCAACUGGAUCCAAUCACUCUUCAACUUCUUUGCACAGACAGACAGAAAUUCAAAACAUACUGAGCACCUUGAGCUCCAAAUCAAUCCAACAAAGGUUGGUGUUUAUCUGGACUAUAGGGGAGGGCAGGUGUCAUUUUACAAUGCCGAUAACAUGUCUCAUCUCUACACGCAUAGUGGGUCAAUGUCUGGCACAGUCUUACCUUUCUUUGGACCAGGAAUCUCAGCAAAUGAUCAAAUGAGACUGCUUCAGCCAUGGUGGUAAACUUGAUUUGCCUCAUGUUAUGUAAA